UGGGCGCAGGAGGGGGCGGAUGUGCGGGCGGCGGGGGCCGCAGUGCGGGGGGCAGGGCCCUGCGGGAGGCCGACAGUACCCCAAGUGUGACCAUAAAAUAUGAUUCUUUGCCUGUUGCACCAAACUUUAUAACUACUUAUCUCACAACUUGGUCACCUGGCUUCAACGAUAAUGCAGCAAGCUUUAGAACAGGCACUGGAUCGAGCAGAGUACAUCAUUGAAAGUGCUCGUCAAAGACCUCCCAAAAGAAAAUAUUUAUCCAGUGGAAGAAAAUCUGUAUUUCAAAAACUCUAUGAUUUAUAUAUAGAAGAAUGUGAAAAAGAGCCUGAGAUAAAGAAGCUGAGGCGAAAUGUGAAUUUACUUGAGAAGCUGGUUAUGCAGGAGACGUUGUCAUGUCUGGUAGUGAACCUUUAUCCAGGAAAUGAGGGUUAUUCACUUAUGCUCAGGGGAAAAAAUGGUUCAGAUUCUGAGACCAUUCGACUGCCUUAUGAGGAAGGAGAGCUGCUUGAAUAUUUGGAUGCAGAGGAGUUACCACCUAUUUUGGUUGAUCUCUUAGAAAAAUCUCAGGUUAAUAUUUUUCACUGUGGAUGUGUCAUAGCAGAAAUCCGUGACUAUAGGCAGUCUGGUAACAUGAAAUCUCCAACAUACCAAAGCAAGCACAUUCUUUUGCGUCCUACAAUGCAGACCUUAAUUUGUGAUGUUCAUUCUAUAACAAGUGACAACCACAAAUGGACACAGGAGGACAAACUCCUACUUGAGAGCCAACUUAUUUUGGCUACAGCCGAGCCUUUGUGUCUUGAUCCGUCAAUAGCAGUAACCUGUACUACAAACAGACUCCUGUACAACAAGCAGAAAAUGAAUACUCGCCCCAUGAAACGGUGUUUUAAAAGGUACUCAAAGUCAUCUCUGAACAGGCAGCAGGAAGUAGCUCACUAUUCAACUCCGCCUCAGCUCAGAUUAGUUGACUACUUACAGAAAAAGAAGGAGAAGAAAGGAGCCCAGCAGUAUGACCUCAAAAUUUCUAAAGCUGGAAAUUGUGUAGAUAUGUGGAAACAGAACCCUUGCUACUUGACUGCACCUUCUGAAGUGGAUGUGGAAAAAUAUGCCAAAGUGGAGACUUCUAUCAAGCCUGAUGACUCACAACCAACUGUUUGGCCAGCACACGAAGUAAAAGAUGAUUAUGUGUUUGAAUGUGAAGUUGGUAAUCAGCUGCAAAAAACAAAGCUGACAAUUUUUCAGUCUCUUGGCAAUCCGUUGUACUACGGUAAAAUUCAGACACUCAAAGGUGAUGAUGAGAGUGACAGCUUAUUAGUUCCACCACAGUUCCUCAUUGGUUCCAAGACUGACGCUGAAAGAGUGGUGAACCAAUAUCACGAGUUGGUGAAAAGUGAAGCUAAGUGUCCUGUGAAAAUGUUUCAUAAUUCAGGUGGAUCAAUCAAUCUUAGUCAUCUUUCUCCAGGGAAGGAAAUGGAACAGCCCGAAAGUAUAUCAGGCUCUGUUCAGUCUUCAGUAUUGGGGAAAGGUGUAAAACACCGACCUCCUCCCAUCAAAUUACCUUCAAGUUCAGGAAGUAGCUCUUCAGGUAAUAUCUUUAGUCCACAGCAGUCAAGUGGCCAUCUAAAAUCCCCAACUCCUCCACCUCCUCCACCUUCUUCUAAGCCACCUGGUCUUUCUCGGAAACAAUCUAUGGAUCUUAACCAAGUUAGCAUGCUCUCUCCAGCUGCCAUGUCUCCUGCGAGCUCUUCACAAAGGUCUGGAACUCCUAAACCAUCUACUCCUACUCCAACCAACACCCCUUCAUCGACCCCACACCCUUCUGAUGCUCAGAGCUCAACUCCUAUUACCCCUUCUGCCACCCCUACUCCCCAAGAAUCAGGCUUCACCCCUCAGCCCACUUUGUUAACCCCGUUUGCUCAGCAGCAGAUGUCUCUGAGCCAGGCACUGCCUGUAAUGACCAUUCCUCUUUCCACCAUGGUAACAUCCAUUACUACAGGAACAACCUCCACCCAGGUCAUGGCAAACCCUGCAGGACUUAACUUCAUCAAUGUAGUGGGCUCUGUGUGUGGAGCACAGACAUUGAUGAGUGGUUCAAACCCUAUGUUGGGGUGCAACACUGGUGCCAUAGCCCCUGCAGGUAUAAAUCUGAGUGGCAUUUUACCAUCAGGAGGUCUGGUACCAAGUGCACUGCCCGCUGCAAUGCAGUCUGCCUCUCAAGCAGGCAGCCCUUUUGGUUUGAAAAAUGCAUCAAAUCUUCGGCCCUUAAAUCUUCUACAGGGGUCUGACCAAGGUCCAUCAAAUCAAGAUCAGGCAUUGUCUGCCCAACAAGCUGCUGUCAUUAACCUGACGGGAGUAGGGAAUUUCAUGCAACCUCAAGCCACAGUGUUGUCUCAGCUUGGCUCUGCCAUGAACAGACCUGGGCAAAGCCUUCCUCAGCAGAGACUCCAGCUCUCUUCUGCCUUACAACAGCAACAACAACAAGCCUUGCAGCAGCAGCAGCAACAGAUACAAUUGCGAUUCUUGCAGCAUCAAAUGGCUAUGGCAGCAGCAGCAGCACAAGCAGCUCAUCUACAACAUCAGCAGCAUUCAGGCAGCCACUCAAAAAGUAAAAGGAAAAGAGGCACACCUGUCCCUCCAAAAUCCUGAAACUUGCUUUUUUUUUUUUUUCCUCAAUAUGAAAAUGAUUUAAAGGUGUGGGUUUUUUUUUCCCCUGUUUAAAAAGGAUAAAGCUUAAAAACAAAUCAGUGUUUUAUAGUGCUGUUGGGAAACUGAAUUUUUGACAUUACACUGAAAAAGAUGAACUUUUUGGAAGCCAACCCUACAUAACGUAGUGACUUCAUCAAGAAAAUCCUCAGCUGAGGUCUGGCUUCCUUAAGUCACUUAAUUU